AAACAUAUAUGCUAUUGGUGACCUGUCUUUAACGUUUUUCUGUAUUUGAAUAUUUGUAUUUUUAUAGAAACAAUGGCAAUUGGCUUGCCAAUUUGGCAGCACGACUGCUACUUGAUGAAACAAAGCCUUGAGUUUUAGUCACUCUACCGAGUGCCCUUCAAGUUCUUAGCCUCUGUAAAUUUUUUCUUUUAUUGAGAAGUAGCCUCUGCAACUAUUGUUUACUCACCCAAAGAAAGAGGAGAGAAAAAGAACAAGUCAAAGGAUUAUUUAUUUAUUUUUAUUUCUUAACAUGUUUCCUUUUUAUGCAGUAAUGGAGAUUGACGGGAGUGUUGUAGAAGCUACUAGGCAGGUCCGGGUACGCUUUGUUACUAAGCUCCCGACUCCUCUGAAAGCCCCCACAGCUUCCAUUGCGGUCCCCUCCAACCUUACCAGAAUGGGCCUCUCAGAGAUUGUCAACCUUCUUCUGAAAAAUGGAAAUCCUCACUGUCAACCUCAACCUUUUGAUUUUCUAAUUGAUGGUGAGCUAGUUCGGAUGUCACUUGAAGAGUUUCUUCUUGCCAAGGGCAUAUCUGCGGAGAAGAUACUUGAAAUUGAAUACAUUAAGGCUGUUGCACCACGAAAGCAAGAGGAACCUUGUUUGCAUGAUGAUUGGGUUAGUGCACUUGAUGGUUCUAGUCCCAGCUUCAUAUUGACAGGGUGCUAUGACAGUUACGGAAGGAUAUGGAAAGCUGGUGGUUUGUGCACGCACACUCUAGCAGGCCACAGCGAUGCAAUUACUUCUGUCAGUAUCAUCAAUCCGAAAGGUGCUGAGAGUGGUAGCAUCAUCCGUCUUGUCACCGCUUCAAAAGAUCGCACAUUGAGGUUGUGGAAGUUUGAUGCAGAUGAGCCUUUGAAUCAUACUACAAAUAUUACUGCAUUCAAAAUUCUGAGUGGGCAUACGUCUUCCGUCCAAAGCGUCUCAUCUGGUCCUUCGGAGGAGAUGGUAUGUUCUGGUUCCUGGGACUGUUCUAUCAAGUUGUGGAAAACAGAUUAUGAUGCCGAAGGUGAUCUAGCAAUAAAGAAGAGAAAGGUGGAUGCUAAUACAAGCUUAUAUGAAGAAUCCCAAUUAGAGGGGGGUGCUGUUUCAACACUUGUGGGCCACACACAAUGUGUGUCGUCUGUGAUCUGGCCAGAACAUCAAACUAUAUAUUCCACAUCUUGGGAUCACUCUCUCAGAAGAUGGGAUGUUGAAACGGGCAAAGACUCCUUGAACUUGGUUUGUGGGAAAGUCCUCAACUGCCUUGAUGUUGGUGGUGAAGGCUCUGCACUCAUUGCUGCUGGUGGCUCUGACCCCGUUCUUAGGAUAUGGGAUCCCCGUAAACCAGGUACUCUGGCUCCCACUUUUCAGUUCUCAUCUCACUCAUCAUGGAUCACAGCUUGCAAGUGGCAUACCAAGUCAUGGUUUCAUUUGCUUUCAGCAUCUUAUGAUGGAAAGGUGAUGCUGUGGGAUUUGAGAACAGCGUGGCCGCUGGCAGUAAUUGAUUCACACAAAGACAAGGUGCUAUGUGCUGACUGGUGGAAAGGUGAUAGUAUAAUCAGUGGCGGUGCUGACUCGAAGCUUUGCAUUUCUUCUGAAAUUUCUGUCUAAGCAAGAUGAAAAAAAUGCCUUGACUAUUACACAAGGAGACGCUGAAGAUGCAAUUCCUUACUGGUGCCAACAUUCCAUGUGUAUGGAAUUCAGGCUGAUCCCAAGAUCCUGAUGUUCCACUCAGCGAGUGGGCAUGCGUGUAUAGAAUGUAGGGCAUCGGCCAUCUUCUUUCUAACCUUCCGCUUAAGGGUGAUGGCAAUGGGCCAGGUUCAGAUCGAUUCGGGGUCAACCCAAGCCCAACCCGAUUAUUAAUCAGGCAAAUAGUCAGGCCCUGGCCCAGUUCCUUUACUAAUUGGUCCUAUUUCAGGUCCAGCAUGUCCAUCAACAUCAUAAUUGAUUCCUCAAUUGGGCUUUAAAAGAAAAUAGUGUGGAACUUAGGGCUGGGCUGGAUCUAUUUAUUAAUUGGGCUUCAAAUCGACACCCAGAUGUGACCCGUGGACCUCUAUUACAGCCUCUAGCCUGACCUGCAUCUGGCCAGUGGCUAAAACCAACUGGGCCAGCCCAACCUCUUGCCACCCUAAUGUCCCCACAACCCGAUUGAGAAUCAGCCUAUUUUUUGGAUUAGUACUUGUUUACAGUGAUCCCAAUGAGUUGUCCAGAUAUUGCACGCGUGUUCUACAUUGCCAUAUUUGCUGAAUUGCCUCUUCAAUCUUCGUGUGGAUCUAACUGCAUAUAUGUAUCAUCAUCAUUGUAGCCUUGUCCGGGCUAUUUGAGUCGGUUUCCUGUUUCCUUGUGUGUUUGGCCCCUGUUUUGAAUAGAGAGAAUCCAACAUGUGGGCAUGGGAAACCCCUACGGAAUCCUCAGGAAAUAGAAAGCUACUGAAUCCAACAGUAAUUCCCUUGUUCGGUUGGGAAUGCAGUUUUGCACGGAAAUGUUGAAAGGUCACCUGUCAAAUGUGAGAAUUUGUCUCUUAUGAUCUUGGAAAUCUAUGUUUGACAUAAGUUUCUCCUUUUUUGAGUAAAACCUUGGUAUGGAAAUCAAAUUCCAUAGGUUUUUUUUUUUCCCUCAAGAAGGUAAAGGUAGAUUUCCAUGGAAAUCAAUUUCUUUUCCAAGGUUUUCGUCUUCACCAAACAAGGAACAGGCCCUUAGAUGAGGAAUUGUAUGACCCUCAUCCCAGGAUGGAUAGUAUUCUUGGGCUGGCCGUCUAGUGAUCCAAACCAUUGAUCUGAUAUGCCCCAUGGAUGGAAAUAUGUUUCGAAAUCUCCCAGAUUGGAAGAUCCCCGUCAUGUAAUGUUAGGUGUUUUUU